AUGCCACCUGCAAGCUCUGGUGGUACCACUACUGUCAUUACUACUGCCACAGGCCCUCCCCUGGUGACUACAAUCACCACAACAGGAACGGAAACAGGCCUUACUACCCUGACAGCUACACCAGGUGGCACCACCACGGUUGUGACCUCUGUGACCAGAUCACCCAUGGUCACUACAAUCACGACUACUGGGACGGCGACUGGUUUAACUACUUUGCCUGCAACUAGCGGUGGCACGACUACUGUUAUUACGACUGCCACGGGCCCUGCACUUAUUACGACGAUCACAAGUACAGGAACAGAAACUGCAUCGACUACUGGUAAAACGACUUUGCCUGCAACCAGCGGUGGCACAACGACCGUUGUAACCUUUGUGACGCCGCCUGCUUCUGGAGGUCUAACUACGCAGACAUCUACUGCAUCAACAACUUGCCUGACUACCCUACCUGCCACCUCAGGAGGCACAACUACUGUCGUGACCUAUGUGACUGAACCCCCUAUGGUCACUACGGUCACAAGCACGGGGACUGCGACUGGUCUGACUACUCUGCCUGCUACAUUAGGAGGCACUACUACAAUUAUAACCUUCGUAACGCCGCCUGCUUCUGGAGGACUGACUACCCUUACAUCUACUGCAUCGACCACUGGUCUGACUACCCUGCCUGCUACAUCAGGAGGCACCACUACGAUUGUGACCUUCGUGUCGCCGUCCCCUUCAGCCGGAGGCUUGACUACCCUCACGUCUACUGCAUCUACAACUGGUCUGACUACCCUGCCAGCUACAUCAGGAGGUACAACAACAGUUGUGACCUUCGUGACACCUGUGACUGGAGCUCUUAUUACUCAGACCUCAACUGCAUCUACAACUGGCCUGACGACCCUGCCUGCAACCUCUGGAGGCACCACGACUGUAGUCACCUUUAUUACUCCUCCUGGUGGCCUGACUACCAAGACAUCAACUGCAUCCACAACUGGUCUGACAACCCUCCCUGCUACUGUAGGAGGCACUACAACUAUAGUUACGUUUAUUACCCCUCCUAUUACUGUAACUACUGUAACUCAAACUGGUACUGCUACUGGUCUGACUACCCUCCCUGCCCCUAGCGGCGGUACAGUAACCAUUGUUACGACUGUAACUCCAUCGGCCUGCCCUACAUUUUCAUGUUCCGUAGGAAUGAGCUGGGAAUACUAUCCGUCCGACGAGGGCUCAGACUGGUCACUUGGUUAUGUUCCCACCAACAAUGACCCCAGUGCUAAUGGUCCAUUCUCGAAUGGAAGUCCGCAAUUGACCAUUCAAGGUCGGGUCCCAACCAAAUCUGGUAUCACUCCUGUUAUUGGAUUCCCUUUCCAGUCAAGUAAUCCUACCAUUUAUGGAGUCAACCUAGGACAAGCAGAUUUCCAAUACGACGUUGUCAGCCACUUCGGUUAUUUUAACCCUACAGUCACCGGCGGCUAUAAAAUCGCGGUAUCUGCUGCUAAUGACUUGGUGCAACUAUGGGUUGGACAGAAUGCAGUCUCUGGAUACAAUGCAUCCAACGCCGAUAUCAAGGCUAGUUCUUUACUCACUACUGGCCAGGUUGUGGUGUCAAGUACCCAGCCUGUUACUAACAACUAA